AAUUUAGAAAAAGUCUAGACGACGCGCUUGUGUGCGUGGCCGGACCUGAAAAGCCGGUUCCUCCCCCGACCCCGGCGCCCCACCGCAGCCGCCGGCUCCCACCGCCCGGCGCACCCCGUCACCUCUCCACCAACCGGAUACCCGGACGGAUCCGCUCCCACCUGGAUCCUGAUCCGGGGAAGUCAAAGGGGAGAUCGAAGCUUGAGCAGAGGGAGCCAAAAUGGUGAAGGACACGCGGUACUACGACGUGCUGGGCGUGGACCCGUCCGCCACCGAGUCCGAGAUCAAGAAGGCGUACUACGUCAAGGCGAGGCUGGUCCACCCCGAUAAGAACCCGAAUGAUCCGCAGGCCGCGGAGAAGUUCCAGGAACUAGGAGAAGCAUACCAAGUUCUCAGUGACCCUACACAGCGCCAAGCUUAUGACUCACAUGGGAAAGACGGCAUCUCAACGGAGGGGAUUAUUGAUCCUGCAACAAUUUUUGCAAUUCUGUUUGGUAGUGAGCUUUUUGAGGAAUAUAUUGGUCAACUGGCAAUGGCAUCAAUGGCUUCACUUGAUAAUUUUGGUGAAGAUGAGCAGAUUGAUGCAAGAAAGCUGCAAGAGAGAAUGCAGGCUGUUCAAAAGGAUCGGGAAGAAAAACUUGCAGAGACACUGAAAAACCGGCUACACAUCUAUGUGCAAGGAAAUAAGGCAGAAUUCAUCCAGCAUGCUGAAGCAGAGGUGUCCAAACUUAGAAAUGCAGCAUAUGGAGUUGUUAUGUUGAACACUAUUGGCUAUGUAUAUUCAAGGCAAGCUGCAAAAGAACUUGGAAAGAAAGUGAUGUUUUUGGGUGUUCCAUUUAUUGCCGAAUGGUUUAGGGACAAAGGACAUUUUAUCAAAUCCCAAGUAACAGCUGCCACAGGUGCAAUAGCUCUUAUGCAGUUGCAAGAUAACUUGACGAAGUAUAUGAGUGCUGAGGGCCAGUACACAGAGGAGGAACUUGAAAUGUACAUGGAAAACCAUAAGAAAGUCAUGGUUGAUUCUCUGUGGAAGCUUAACGUUGCUGACAUAGAAGCCACAUUAUCCCAUGUCUGUCAAAUGGUACUUCAAGACAGUAGUGCCAGAAAGGAGGAAUUGCGCCUCCGUGCUAAAGGCUUAAAAACUUUAGGAAGAAUUUUCCAGGGGGCUAAGGUCAACCCUAGCGAGGGGGAAACAUCACAAACGAAGAAUAUAGACAACAUGGAUGGCAAUGACGGCAGCUCCCCUGACUCGUCCCCAAAUAGAGAGGCACAGUUCACUCCUAAUCAGCCUCCUGUCCCGAGCCCGUAUGUGGAGGCGCCUCAUGUUAACGGAGUCUAUUGUCCGUUCCCGAUGCCAGCAGCUCCGCCUGGCGCAAGGAGGGAUCGAAUCCCUUGAGUCCAGAUAAAACCUGCUUGUAAAAUGGGCUCUGUUUAACAUUGCCUAUAAUACUAGAUCAUUUGCAUGAUGAACCUGGAGCAGAGGGGAACACAGGAGUCUGUCAGGUGUUCUCUGCACCUCCCUGUUAUUUUGGUCGCGUAUGCUUGGUAGCAGCCGUGUCUUGUGUACAGGUGUGUUUUGCUAUUGUUGAUCGAUGAAGCUGUAGGUGUACAUGUUAUGAUGCCCAUUAUAUUAUUCUGUUGUCGGCCUGCUGUAUUUUAGCAUAAACAGUGGAUACAUUUGCAUCCAUGGGAAAUGAAAUGUUCUAGUCAUUGUUUCCCAU